AUGUGGUGGAGCAACAAUGAGCAGAGGCGAAACCAAAAGGAGGUGAUUAAGAACAUCAUCAAGCGCACCAAGCUCAACGAGAAGAGCGCACAAGGCGUCACAAUAGGCACAAACACCCCACCAAGCCUGUGCCACUCAAUGCAAACAGCCGAUACCUUCUCAGACGGCAUCACAUGCACUCGUGCGCCUUCAGUGGAUUCGCAAAACUCGCUGGACUACAACUUCAACACUUCGACGCCAGACUUCUACAACGCUGCGAUGCCUCCCCCAAUGUUCGCGCCUUCCUUCCCACACCCUGGGCAGUUUGCGCCAUUCGAGAUCGACAUCAAGACCGAGAGCCAGAUGUUCAUCAACGACAUCCCAACUCGCCGAGACUCAACCAUCUCGACCUUCAGUCAUUACCAGACCCCACCAGCUGUCGGAGGAUACGCAACAGACAACUGGGUCCAACAAGACUACUUCGAGAGCCACCGUGAGUCCUUCGCAGAGGAGCCACUCGAGAUUCCAUUCUUUGACUACACCAACCACGGAUCGUUCAGUCCAUCGCACAAUCCUGUUGUGCAAGUUGACGCUUGCGAUCAACAUCUCCUUUCUCACUUUGUCGACAACGUCUUGCCCUUGAUAUACCCCGUCCUCGAGGCCAACCAGCCUGGUUCAGCACGCGCGGAUGUCAUCAUGCCUGCGCUGGAAAUUAACAAAGCCUAUCAGCAUUGCUGCCUGAGCGUCGCCGCUCUGCACAUGAAGACGACACUCGGACUACAAGGACAGAUCGACCAAGAUGUCCUGCGCAACCGAUACGCCGGUGUCGAACAGCUCACCAUGUCUCUUUACAGCGACAGCUUGCACGCACAGACUCUCGAGGCUACUCUCGGUAUGAUCUUCAUGCCCUGCUCAGUUGGGCGCAUCGACGAUGGCCUUCAAGAUAUUCCGUGGCACCAGCAUUUCCUGGCAGUUCAGAGUUUGAUCCACAAGCUUGACCUUCCAAACCAGAUGGUGUCAAUGAACGGAACUGCGCACUCGCAGCCUCCCUUCAACAUGACCUUGGCUGCCUGGAUCGACAUCCUCGGUGCAACGAUGCUGGGCAAGACUCCAUCCUUUGCCGAUACCUACCGUGAGCAGCUUAUUGCAGACGCUCCCUCUGGCCUGGCAGAGCUCAUGGGCUGUGAAGACCGGAUCAUGUACUUGAUUUCAGAGAUUGCCUGCCUUGAGGCACUGAAGCUCGAGAACAUGGACCAGUCACAACUGUGCCAACACAUCCAGCUCCUUGGUGAGCAAAUCAGCCUGACGGAGCCGCCCCAUGGUUCGCUCAACUCGGCCAUUUCCUCAACUGGCGACCUUCUCCCAAGGCAGCUUCGCAAGAACAUGACUGCGGUUUUCCGCCUUGCGGCCCGCAUCUACUUGUGCAGUCUCGUUCCUGGCUUCGACCGCACACAGCAAAGCAGCAUCAACUUGGUGAACGCCUUCUGCAAGGCCAUGGAGUACAUUCCUGUUGGACCCAACGGCUUCGACCGCUCCCUCGUCUGGCCACUUCUUGUGGCCGGAUCAGUUGCACUCCCAGACUCGCCUUUCCGCACCAUGUUCUCUCAGCGCGCCAACCAAAUGGGCGAGACCGCAGAGUUUGGUUCUUUCGGAAGAGUCAAGGAACUCCUCAGCGAAGUCUGGAGUGUCAACGACAACAACCUCGCAAAGGGUAUCAUUCAGAGUGUCCACUGGCGGGACACGAUGCUCCAGAAGGGCUGGGACUUCUUGUUGAUAUGA